GCAUUAAGGCGUGUCAACAAGCCGUGGAUGGGAUGAACGCCUUGAAAUUCGAGGGUUACUUGGAUAUUGGAUAUUGUUGUUUGUCCAAUGACAGCGACUUGUCUCGAAAGCUUGUGAAGGUUGUCCGAAUACGACGAGAAUACAACAUUGAGUCGCCUCUGAAUGUACUGAUAUCUCCCCACGUCGAACGCGAAACAUUGUCCCGGCUGGAGAAUGAAAUGAAGCAGUCCGAUUUUAUUUUGCUUGUUUUGAGGUUCUGGGAUUAUGUCCCACCAUAUCUCAUUGAAAAGUAUGCCGUAUCUGCGUUUUUGAACAAGAAUUUACUGCGUGCGAUAAGACUUAGAAUCAAGGAACUGAGGCUACCAGGACGAGGUGAGUCACACAGGUGUGCGCUGAAAGUGCACUCAGGCAAGAGCUUCGCCAGAAAAGAGGUUCUACCGCCACCGGAACGUCUUUCCAAUCCGGUUGCCAUGGACCACUGGGUGCUGUAUGAGCCUAAAGUCCAUAAAUUUCCACUGGUGGACGGCUUUUUCUUUGUGGACACAAAUCCGAAGACGCUGGUUGGGCUGCGGAUGUCUACGGCAAGUAAGCACCGCACCACAACCAGCGCUGUGAGGCGGUUCACUGAGUGCCUGGCGGCAUAUUUUGAGGGUUGGGAGGAGUUAUCCCGAGACAUGUCGUGGGAGAUUAUUUAUGUGCGGCACGAGAUAUACAGGCCGAUGGAGGGACGGCAGAAAUUUGAGGUCGUCAAUUCCGACAAUUUGGGCGACGAUGAAAACCGAGAGAUUGCGGCGUUCUGUAGGGAAAAGGUGCGCCAGUACCUAGCAGCACUAUCAUCCGCUGACGCCAGAAGAGGCGAAGCUCUCCGGAGGUGA